AUGGAAGUCCUUACAGUUUUCUGCACACUGCUCCUCUGUUUUUCUGGAGCUGUUUUCUCCACUCAGGGCCACAGAUAUCACACAGGACCCGAGAGCAGCUUAGCUUUCAGAAAUCUGUCGGGUAAUCAUCGAGGCAGAUAUCCUCUGUACAUGAUGCAGCUGUACCGCUCCUUCAGGACCGCUGAUUUCUCCUCGUCGUCGGCUGUCAACGCCGAUACUACGCAAAGUGACGACCUGUCGGCGCAUGGAUUUGAUUCUGUCCUAAGUCUGUUGGCCAGAGGUUGCCAUCAAGUGGGCGACAGAUGGACAGUCACAUUCGACAUGUCAUCCAUCUCUACCAGUGAGCUCGUCCAGCUGGCAGAGCUUCAGAUCAGACUACCAGCUUUCUCUGCCUCUCAGCGUGCCACCGUGGAUUUAUAUCACUCCCGGAAGCAGAGCUGCGAUGGGGACGGCGCAUCGUGUCAGGAGGAGCAGCUUUUCUUGGGGAGCUUUGACACAUCACCCAGCAGCGCAAAGUCUUCCUGGAAGGUGUUUAAUGUGACUGCUCUUUUAAAAUACUGGCUCUACCAGGGAGAUGAAGUGCUGAACCAGGAGGCCUCAGGAGAACCAGAUGCUGGGAGCGGUGCUGGGGAUGAAGGGAAGACGACUGAGAAGUCCCUCUUCAAAAAUUUGGGAUUGAGGCAAAGAAAAAUUCAUCAUCCAACCACAAACCGGGUCAUGAUGGUCGUCUUCUCCAAACAGAAACAGCCCGGGGAAGGCCACGAAGCAUACAGCCUCAUGCAUACUGUGGAGAACUCCAAGUACGUGACCACGGACAGAGUCAACGGUGAAGGUCAAAGUCGGCGACACAAAAGGAACAAGAUGGAGAGGCUGCGAGUGGCUGAAGGAGCUGCUCCCACUGUGACACCAGCAGCCGAGCCGCUCCAGAAGCCGCUGUGUCGGAAGGUGGACAUGUGGGUGGACUUCGAGCACAUCGGCUGGGACGAGUGGAUUGUGCAUCCUAAGCGCUACAAUGCAUUUCGCUGUGAGGGAGAGUGUCCGGCACCACUGGAUGAGUCCUUCCGUCCCACCAAUCACGCAUACAUGCAGAGCCUCUUACGACAUCACCACCCAGACAGAGUGACCUGUGCGUCCUGCGUGCCGACACGCCUCAGCCCGCUGUCCAUGCUGUACUACGAGAGCGACGAUUUGUCACUGCGGCAUCACGAGGACAUGAUUGUUGAGGAGUGCGGCUGCCACUGAAGACCCGCCAUCACAUCACCGCUGACACAGAAACUUGAACUUUAUUGCAACUGUUGUGAUGUAAACUGUACUAUUAAAAUAUCAAACUAAGAGUUCCUCAUCACAACAAUCAGUAACAGCAGACUUGUUAAGGUGGAAUGACUCAAGAUUAUUUUCAGUGCUAUUGA